AUGAGCAACCAACCACCACAACAACAACAACCACCAAGGGUUAAUGUUGCUAAUAACCUUUUUAAUAAUAGUAGAUCCGAUCAAAGUUUGGGAUUGAAUCUAAGUGGUAAUAGCAUUGGUAGUGGAGGUACAAGUGGUUCACCCAAUACACUAUCGUCUACUACACCUUUAAAUUUCACAUCUGCACCUACUUCUCCAUUUAAUAAUAAUACUAAUAAUAACAGUAAUAGUAAUAUACCAAGAUCAUCUUCUUUCAAUCAAAUACCUGUACAACAACAUCAACAACAACAACAACAUCAGCAACCAUUAACACCUCUUAGAACACCAUUGUCAAGUUCAACUGCAUCGUCGUCAUCACAAGCAACACUGUUGAGUAGUCAGUCAUCACCUAUCGACAUUAUGAAUUCACCGCUUGGCGCACCAUCGCCACUGCAUAGCACACCUUCACAAGCAUCAUUCUCGACAACACCAAUUGUACAAAUAGGAUCACACCAACAGCCACUACAACCAACUGUAACAUCACCACUUCAUCAACCACCACAAUCAAUGCAAUCACAACAACAACAACACCAGCAACAACAACAACAACAACAACAAGGUUUAGUUGGUGAUGAAAUAACAUUAAAAAGAUUAAUGAAAAUAGGCAAUUGGAAUAAUGUAUUCAAAGUUGCAGAUAUGUGUAUUUCAAAUACAAACAAUCCACAAUCUAUAUUACAAUAUAAAUUAUGCAGAGUGAUUGCACAUGUAAAGAUGAAAAACUUUAAGGUUGCAUACGAUGAGAUUCAAGGAAUUGGUGACAUACGUGAUUUAGUCAAUUGCUAUGAAGCAUAUCCACAGUUGUUCCCCAAUCGCAAAGGUACAAUGGUACCGUUCUCACUGAGAAUCAUCAAGGCAGAGUUGGCAUGUCACCUCGGUGUAGAGAAGUAUCAGUUGGAUGCACUCUAUGCACUGCUUGCUAUUUGUAAACGUGAGAUCACCAAUUUAGAGCAACAACAACUGCAAUUGCAACAACAGCAACAACAACAGCAGCAUAUGACUGCUUCAACCAUUGCUACUGCUGCUACAACCGCUGAUACCGAGCAACAACAUACUCUCUCACCAGAGCAACAGAGUAUCUAUCUCUCGCAACUGGAUGGACUGACAGCUUCCACCACCUCCACAUCUCUCCUAACACCAACACUCUCGCCAACACUCCAUGCCUCUUCGUCAUCACCCAACAUCAACUCACUCAUGUUGAACGGUGGAAUUCCAUCUGAAUCUGAAGUAUUUGAAAAUAGUAAUGAUAAUAAUGCAGUUUCAAUUUGGAGGUUGAGAGAACGUAGAAUUAUAUUUUCAAUUAUAACAUUUAUCAUUCAAAAGAAUAAGGAUUAUUUGUUGGCUAUUAAGAUAUUGGAGGAUUUAAUUCAUAGACAACAAGCAGACCAAUGGAUUUUGUCGGCAUUGGGUAGAAUUCAUUUGCAAAUGGGUAGUAUCCACAAUGCCGAUUUGAUAUUCAAGAUUGCGGAUCGUCUGAUUCCGGAACCAGAGAUUUCCGUUGUCUCUUGGAUGAAUCGUGGAUUGCUUGCUGUUGCUAGUGAUCAGUAUCCUCGUGCCAUCGAGUGUUUCGAGAGUGUCUUGAAGUUGGAUCCAACCAACGUUGCUGCGGCCAACAACAAAUGUAUAUCGAUGCUCUACACCUGCGAUCUAAGUGGUGCCGUUGCAACACUAGAACAACUCAUGCAAAAGGAGAAAGAGAAAUCUAUCGAUGAAACACUGAUCUUCAACAUCUGUUCACUCUAUGAACUCUCCUCAGAGCGCUCCAGUGAAAAGAAGAAAGCAAUCAUGGGUGACAUCGCCAGACGCGCACCCGACAACUUUGAUUUCAAGGUUUUCAAAAUAACACAACCUCAAACAAACUAA